GUCAGCUUUCCGGGUUCCGACCUUUCUCUUGUCUGAGUAAAUCUUCGUUUCUCAUCCAACAUGGCCUCGGCAAGUAUCCGUCCGUAUUUGGAGCUUAUGCGAGUCCAUAAGCCCGCAGGAUGGCUGUUCUUCUUAUGGCCAUUCGCAUGGGGGUUAACAAUGGCCGCCUACAGUACACGACUUGCUUACCAGGAUUAUGCCGUUCUCUUGGCGAAAAGCCUCUUUGGGUCCUUCAUCAUGAGAACGUCAGCAUGCACAGUCAAUGAUAUUUUUGACCGCGACUUCGAUGCAUCUGUUGAACGAUGCAAGAGUCGACCGCUUCCUUCCGGCAGAAUAUCCGUUUCCGCCGCCUGGGUCUUUUUCUUUCUACAGGUAGCAGUUGGAUUAUGGUUUUUCGCGGGUUACACAGAUCAGGCAUUUGUGGCUUCCGUUGUCCAAAUGCUGCCACUAUUGUGCAUCUAUCCACUUAUGAAGAGGAUUACCUAUUGGCCUCAGGCAUGGCUUGGUAUAGCCAUUAACUUUGGCUUUAUUGUGUCAUGGCUUUCGGUUAAAGGAGCUGGGUCACCAACAUCACCUGUCAAUACCUACAUGCUAAUCGGAUUAUGGUGCUGGUCUAUGGUAUACGACACAAUCUAUGGUUGCCAGGACCGCAAAGACGACUUAAAGGCUGGCGUGUGGUCAACAGCAGUCCUAUUCGGAAGAUUUGUUCUACCUGCCGUUGUCCUCUUCGCCGUCGGAUUCGUUGUGGCACUUUUGGCCGCGGGUUUAGCUAAUAACCAGGGUCCUCCGUUCUUUGCGGGUGUCCUCGGAGCGGCAACUUAUCUCGCAUGGCAACUUUACAUCGUGGAUGUUGAUUCCCCACCAAGCUGCUGGAUGAUCUACGCAGGAAUGGUGCUUGAUUAUGUGUAUGCCAUGGAGAAGCCGGUCCGUGUGUUCUAA